AGCCCUCCCACAUACACACAUACACAUUGCUGUGAUAAAAAUGUGAAAAUGGCGGAGUUACAAAUGCUUCUGGAAGAAGAAAUUCCAGCAGGACGAAGUGCACUAUUAGACAGUUUCACCAAUUUGGAAAGAGUCGCGGAGUACUGCGAGAGCAACUAUGUCCAGUCUCCAGACAAGCAGAGGGCACUGGAGGAGACCAAGAACUACACCACCCAGUCUUUGGCCAGCGUAGCCUACCUGAUCAACACUCUCGCCAACAAUGUUCUGCAGAUGCUCGACAUCCAGGCGUCGCAGCUCCGCCGCAUGGAGUCCUCCAUCAACCACAUCUCACAGACGGUGGACAUCCACAAAGAGAAGGUGGCUCGGCGGGAGAUUGGCAUCCUCACAACCAACAAGAACACAUCCCGCACACACAAGAUUAUCGCCCCGGCCAAUCCCGAGAGGCCUGUGCGCUACAUCCGCAAACCCAUCGACUACAGCAUGCUGGACGACAUGGGCCAUGGAGUCAAGUGGUUGCAAAGGUUUAAGGCCAGCGCUCAGAACAUGAAGGCUGGAGGAGGAGGCGCACUCCCUCGCACCAACCCCCCCACACAGAAGCCCCCCAGCCCGCCCAUGUCGGGGAAAGGGACCCUUGGGCGCCACUCCCCCUAUCGGACGCUCGAGCCGGUGCGUCCGCCCGUUGUCCCUAACGACUACGUCUCAAGCCCGACGCGCAACAUGCCGCACCCCCAGCAGAGCCCUGCACGCACUGCAUCUGUUAAUCAGAGGAACCGCACGUACAGCAGUGGCAGCAGUGGAGGCAGCCACCCCAGCAGCAGUCGCAGCAGCAGCCGAGAGAACAGCGGCAGUGGCAGUGUCGGCGUUCCAAUCGCCGUGCCGACCCCAGCCCCGCCCUCUGCCUUCCCAGCCCCUGCCCAAUCCAACCCCACUAAACCUCCCACAAACACCGCCACCACCCCAGGAGCCCCCACCUCUGCCUUAGACGGCCCCCCACAGGCCUCCACCCCCCCUGUAGAGAUCCCGCCUGUUCCCCCUCCCCCUCCCCAGCUCCCUGCCUCUGCGGCCCCCACUGGCACAGGCCCCGCUACUUUCGGCAACCCUGCACAAGGUGCUGCUCAGUUUUACAGCAUGAACCGACCAGCACAGCCGCCCCAGAACCAGCAGGUGGGAGGCUCGCUGCCAUACCGCCGGCCAUCGUCAGUCACCGGUCAGCCCAACAUGGCCAACAACCAGAGCCAGCUCAACGGGGGACCACACUUUGUCCCGAACCAAGCCGGCCCGCUCGCGCCCCCUCCCCCCUCCAUGCAGAUCACCCCUCAGCUGCCUCUGAUGGGCUUUGUGGCCCGAGUUCAGGAGACUAUCUCAGACGUGCCACCUCCGCCUCCACCUGCAGAGGAGCCGGUGUUUGAAGAGCCCACACCUCCCCCUCCACCGCCGGAGGACUACGAGGACGAUGAAGAUGAAGAAGAGUCGGCGGUGGUGGAGUACAGUGACCCAUAUGCCGAGGAGGAUCCGCCCUGGGCCCCACGUAGCUACCUAGAGAAAGUGGUGGCAAUCUACGACUACAGCCGAGACAAAGAGGAUGAACUCUCGUUCCAGGAGGGCGCCAUCAUCUACGUGAUCAAGAAGAACGAUGACGGCUGGUACGAGGGCGUGAUGAAUGGGACCACGGGCCUCUUCCCCGGCAACUACGUCGAGUCCAUCAUGCACUACGCCGACUGAACAAUCCCCCACAUCGGAGCAGAUGAAGGGCAGGAGGAGGAGUUGUUGGAUUGGGGAAGGGAAAUAAGGGGGAGGGAGGGGAGCCAAGGGUUAACGGUCAAAGACUUUGAUCAGACAGAGCAUGAUCACCUCCGUGCGAAGAACGAAAAGAGACGGGGGGGAAGAAGUUUUUAAAGAAGUUGCAACAUGACAAACUGAAGCCCGGUCACUCUCUCGACAUAGACGCCAUUGUAAAACAACCACUACUCUAGAUAUAUCCUUCCCUGUAAUAUUUUUUUCUUUGAUUCCUUAUUUGACUGACCGGAGAGGACGGUGAUGGAUUUAUUGUAUUUUCAGAGUUUGUGUUACAUUAUAAGAGGUCACUACAUUGAUUUUUGCUUUACUUUUUCUUAUGUUUUACCAAUUUGCCCUUAUUUUAAAGUAUAUUUAUUUAGAUUUUUGUAGUGGAAGAAAUGGUGAAGAGGAAGAUUUGGGCUGCUGAGUUGGGAUUUCUGCUACGCGGCCUCGGAGAAAGGGCUGGAGGGGAAUGCCUUCAAUGUGUAGAUUUUCUCCAUAACACUCCAGAGACUUUUUAGAGAAUUAACUCCUCUAUAUUUACAGUAUAAUGCAACAACAAUAUCCUCGUGGGGGGAACAAACAGUAGUUUCCGUAUGUACGAAAAUAUUUGUUAGGUACCUCAGCAGGGAGCGUGCCAAAGCUACAUUCACUUAGAUAAAAAAGCACAUGACAUGUCUAAAAGGUGACACAGGAAGGGAGUUAAAGUAGGUCUGAAAAGACGUCUGAACAGAGAGUGCUUUAAACACAGAUUUUUGCAUCUUUUUUUUUUUAAAUUAAGUUCAAGUUUAGUUCAAGCCACAGAAACCCAAAGGAGCAAAUUUAGUAUCUCCAUGCUUCACUUUUUCUGCGCGUUUUCCAGUGAAGGAAUCGUCAUCCGGCCCUCGAUUAAAGAGGAAAACAGGAUCCACAGUUGCACAAUAACCGGGAUUUUGAAGUCUGCAGCUCCUCUCGUGAAUAUAGAAGUGUAUUAGCUUGAGUGCUAAUCAUUUGAAGUGUUCAUAGAAUGCAUUUGAGACAGUUCUUUAUUUUUCUGUUUCACCAACGGGUCCAGAAUCGAGUUUUUGCUUGCAGAGCAGCAUGUUUGGAAGAGGGAAAAAUCUUCUUUUCUGCUCUACUGAUGAUUAAUGUCUUAAUAAUUUUAGAUAUGUUGUGGUUUGGUUUUUAAUAUUCACCCACAACGACGAUCACUACGAUGCAUUUAGGUCAUAACUAAGACGCUUGUGCCAUAUUGAAGUGCGUGUUGCUGUUCAGAGGUUCUCACUUCAUUUGCAAUAAAUCGACCGGAGUGGAGUGUCGUUGAACUACAGAAACGUUUCUUUUCAAAGUUAAUCCCAGAGUUGUUUUAAAUCAAAAGCACAUACAUUUGUCGUAAAAAGGUGUAGAAGAAGAAAUAAUAUAAAUGUGAGAUGUGUUAUGUCCUCAAAGCAGGACUUAUUGAAUAUGAAAAGAAGCCAGCUGUUGUGUUGAAAUGGUUUUAACCGUCGCAAGCCCCCGAUACUUCUCAACGCCGUCGGUGUAGGCAUCGUUCAUCCUCCGUAAAGUUUCCGAUGCGCUUGGCUGUUGGGUGUUUACGAGGGCUCAGUGCUUGUACUUAUGUCAGAAUCUUUAUUUUCUAUUAAAAAAAAGAAAAGAAAUAAUAACAAGUGGGUCUGUAUGUGAGUCUUGCAUGCCAUUGUUCUUAUCUGUACUGGUGUCCCAAAAAACCUUAAGUGGCCAGAUCACCCAUCCUUAAAAAGACAAGCAGCCCUUCAGCUCCGACCAGGAACCACCAGCCUCAUCCAAAGAGACUGUAACUGUCCGAGGAGCCACGCUCUGACCUGAGGGGGAGGGAGGGGAAGGGAGGGAGGGACCCGGCUUUCUCCCCCCUCUGACUGUAGCCGCCUGUUACGUCCGUGUUGAAAAACCCAUGUCUAAGCUGCUAUUGAAUCCUGCGGACAAAGAAACGCCCCCGAGGUGAACGACGAUAAAUGUAACACUCAAGAUUAAAGCUCGUUUCAUAACACUCCUUAUAUGACACUUUAAAAAAGAUCAAAUAAAGCCCUCGGUCUGCAGGAUUCACAGCUCCCUGGAGUCACAGACGUCCCUUGGGAUGUUGAGUUUAACAGUCCAUGAUGCCAUUGUGUUGCACAGUUAAAGUUGAAUUGCAGAAGUAUCAUAUUUGUAAAAUCAUGAGAACAAAGACAAUAAAAUUAUUAAGAUUUA